AUGGAUGUUAAAUCAAGCGAUCAUCUGCCGGUUUAUGGCUUAUUUGAAGCAGACAUCUAUCAUAACAAUAUUGAAGUAUGGCUUUCAAUUAGAAAAUCACAACGCCCUAAAGAUUGGAAACCAAAAGAUCACUUAGCCUAUAUAAAAGUUAUAAGUGUCCAUGUUUUACUAAAAUCGCAUCAAGAAAUUACGGAAAGCUUGAUUUUGGAAUUUCAUUCCAAUUGCUUAAAUUCACCAAUUAUCAGCGGCCCAAACAAAAGCUAUUGGUCUGAUAAUCUCAAUGUUCGUGAACAGCAGUUUGCAAGAUUUGGACAAAAAUUUGAAGAUCGUCAUCAGUGCCCAGAGUGGACAAUUCGUGAAUUCUCUCAGGAAGAGUACUUCAAAGAUUCAGAUCUAAAAUACCUAAACGGUCAAACUCUUCUAGCUAUAUUGAAAACGAGCGACACCAAACAUUAUAAAGGUGCUGGUUGCAUACCUCUCAAUUUAAUCAUCAACCAAAAUAAUAAAAGGACACCAGCGGUUGAUCUAUCAUAUUAUGGAAAAUUUAUCGGAAAAAUAGAGAAGGCUUGGUCUGAUAUUCUUGGGUUCUUUCCCAAAAAUGACUUAGGCACAAACGCUUCAGACUUUAAUUUCCGAGAUAAUAGCUAUCUUAAUGACAAUUCUAUUCAACUUGAUCUUGCUUUUUUCGGCAAUGAUUAA